GCAAAGCACUCGAGUGCAAAUGAAUCACCGAAGUUCAGCCAUUGUGUGGCAAGCCGUUUCGAGGCGGCCCACAUUGAUUACCUGUAAAGACAUCCACAUGACAAACGUUACAAUCUCUUAUUAGUGUGGGCCCAACUAAGUCGGAACUGUGUGCCGUAGUAAAAGAUGACUUCUUGGUUGCUGUGAUGUCACGGUCGUGCCUUCGUAUAAACCACUGUUCUGACUGUGCACACACUGUUUCAGGCUCCUACAUUGUCAUAUCCUCAACCCUGAUCUCUUGCAACGGACCUGAACACACAAUGUCCGACUACGGCUACCCCAACCCUAUGUCCUUCGUCGACUGGCUCGACACCUUCCUCGCCAAGCGCAAGGAGAAGCGCAGCCGCGAUGUUCCGACCAGCGAGACCGCCACUAAUGCCAACACGAGGACUGAUGCGGGCAUUGAGAAGCCAGCAGUUGCGACAGCGGAUCAUCAACCUCAGAGCGCCAUUGACGUGCCAGAGCCAAGCCAGCAAGGCCGGCGCAUUCUGAUCCCGGACGACGAGAUCAUCGUUAAGCCAUGAUUGAGCGAGCUCCGAAUGUGACAUUGUUCUCACCCUCUUCCGCAACGACUUGCCACGUUCGAGUUGUCAAUGACCUCUUGGCCACCGUGAUGAUUUUUGGGCUGGCGCGUAAUUCGCGCGCGCAAGGUGGAAGCUCGUACAUCUGGUUGG